AUGAGAACUUUGAGCAGCGCUUUCAAUGCAGGCGCUGUUUCUAAAACGACGAGUAAGACGAGAAGGAGCAGCAGGAAUCGAUGGUAUUGUUCGAAUACUAGUGCGAGUAGUAGUAACAACAACGAGAAAGAGGAGUUUGAGAAGAUCAGGAGUAAUACUACGAACAACAACGAAGAAAAGAAAAAGACAAAGUCGUACUCGUACGCGCUCGUGACGAAACGGACGCCACCGAGGAAAGAUUUAGGGACGUUUCGUUUCGCGGACGAUCAGAUGGCGUGCGGCGUGAGAGUGGACUUGAACGAAAGCACGUUUGUGAUUUCAAGAGUGACGAAAACGUACACGCUGAAAUACGGAAGGUACGUGGAAGACGAGAAACGAAGAGUGGAGGUGGAAAGUUUGGAGAGGAGUUUAUUGAACAGACAGUUAGGGGACGUGUUCAAAAGGAGUUGA